UCUACCAUUAUUUCUCCCGCUAAUCAAUGCUCCAGCGGCGAUCUGCUUUGCUAAAGCUGCGGUGGUUAAGUUUCACCUGCAAAAAAGGGAGGUCCGAUCGGAUCCAUUUCAACUCGUAACAGUACUCCGUCCUGCGCUGCCGUCGGCGUGAAGACUGGCGACCGAUGCAUCGAUCCUUUUAAGCCCGCGAGGCUCCGGGCGUUUCUUGGUCGUGGACACGGAGGAGCACGAGAGGUUCCAUGAUAUGGCGGCGCCGCGUGUCCUUCUCGCCGGCUGGUGGUUCGCGGUGGCUGCCGUCGCGGCGGCGGGCGUGGACGCGCUAGGGGUGAACUGGGGCACCAUGUCCACGCGCCGGCUCCCGCCCAAGGUGAUAGCGCGCCUGCUCACGGACAACGGCUUCCGGAAGGUGAAGAUCUUCGACGCCGACGAGCGCACCAUGAAGGGCCUCGCCGGGACGGGCAUCGAGACCAUGAUCGCCGUCCCCAACGACAUGCUCGCCGCCGUCGCCGACUACGACCGGGCCCGGCAGUGGGUCAAGGACAACGUCACCAAGUACACCUUCGACGGCGGCGUCAACAUCAAGUUCGUGGCCGUCGGCAACGAGCCGUUCCUCAAGGCGUACAACGGCUCGUUCGACCACGUGACGGUGCCGGCGCUCAAGAACAUCCAGCGCGCGCUAGACGAGGCCGGGCACGGGGCGGCGGUCAAGGCGACGGUCCCCGUGAACGCGGACGUGUACGACUCGCCGGCGAGCAACCCGGUGCCGUCGGCGGGGAGGUUCCGCGGCGACGUGGCGGGCGUGAUGACGAACAUGGUCCGCUUCCUCAACCGCAGCGGCGCGCCGCUCACCGUCAACAUCUACCCGUUCCUCAGCCUGUACGGGGACGCCGACUUCCCGCUGGACUUCGCCUUCUUCGACGGCGGCGGAGGCUCCGCGAAGCCGGUCGUCGACGGGCGAGUCGUCUACACGAACGUGUUCGACGCCAACUUCGACACGCUGGUGUCGGCGCUGAGGAGGGUCGGGUUGGGCCACCUGCCGGUGAUGAUCGGCGAGGUGGGCUGGCCGACGGACGGCGACAGGCACGCGACGGCGGCGCUCGCGGAGCGCUUCUACGCGGGGCUCCUCAAGCGCCUCGCGGCGCGGCGAGGCACGCCGCUCCGGCCCGGCGCGCGCAUCGAGGUGUACCUGUUCGGGCUCAUCGACGAGGACGCCAAGAGCGUGGCGCCGGGCAACUUCGAGCGCCACUGGGGCAUCUUCACCUUCGACGGGAGGCCAAAGUUCCCGCUGGACCUGCGCGGCGGCGGCGACGGGCGGCCGGCGAUGCCCGUCCCGGCGAGGGGCGUGGAGUACCUGCCCCGGCGGUGGUGCGUGCUGAACCACAUCAGCGCCGGCGGCGGGGACGAUGAUGACGCCACGGCCGGCGGCCGGGUCGCGGACAACGUCGGGUACGCGUGCUCCCGCGCCGACUGCACGGCGCUGGGCUACGGCUGCAGCUGCGGCGCGCUGGACGCGCGCGGGACCGCGUCGUACGCGUUCAACGCCUACUACCAGGCGCAGGGGCAGGUGGAGUCGGCGUGCGACUUCCAGGGGCUCGCCGUCGUCGUCCACGACGACGCGUCGCAGGGCGCGUGCAACUUCAGCGUGCAGGUCGUCGGGUCAGGGGCGCCGGUGGCCGCCGAGGUCACCACCGUGGCGGCCGUACUCGUACUGGUGCCUCUGUUUCUUGUGUUGCUUUGAGCUGACGCGAGCUAUAUGGUGGCCUAAAUCCUCAUGAUUUAGGUUUGUAGGUAGGUCAGGUGACGGGAGCCUGUUACAGUGUUGUACUAGGUACUUUCAUGUUUUGAUUGAUCAUCACGUGGGAUGGUGAGUAAAAAGUUCGUAACUCACAGGAAAUCUAGGCUAUGCAUGUACCACGAGAAGUUAAGGACACUAGCAGGCUCCAGGCUGGCAUGUGGUGUGUACGUGUUUUUCCGCGGAAAACGCAACUUAAACCAAGUUUACUGGUAUUUUG